CUUUAUAGAACCACAAAGCACAAGUACACAAUCAAGUUCAACGAAGCGAGUUUGUUUAGAAAGAUAGAACCAGUGAACGGUUCUAAAUUUCUAUGCUGUGCAAACUUCCGUGGUAUCAAUCGGGGUGUUUAUCAUCCUAUGUACUGCAUUGGUAUGUUAAGUAUGAUUUACCCUUUCUUAGAUU